UCGAGUCCUGCAUCGGGCUCCCUGCUUGGCAGGGAGUCUGCUUCUCCCUCUGACCCUCCCCCUUCUCAUGCUCUCUCUCUCUUAAAUAAAUAAAAUCUUUAAAAAAAUAAUAAUAAGGCUAAUCAGCCCCUUCCCUUGAGCGCUUCCUCUGGACCAGGCAACCACGCCAGCGCUCCAUAGAUCCUAUGGCCAGUCCUGGCCACAAUCCCACUAGAGGGAUACGAUUAGCUCCGACUUCCAAAAAGGAAAAUAAAAGUCAGUGGGUCUCAGUGGCCCACACCAAGUGGUUGUGCCAGGGUUCAGACCCGGUUUUCAAAGCCCUAGUCCUUUCCUCUAUACCAGGGGUCGGCCAACCUUUCCUCAAGGGGACCAGACGGCAAAUACUGGCAGCUUUGCAAGCCACGCAGCCUUUGUCGCUGCCACACAAAAGCAGCCUCGGCCAAUACGUAGAUGAACAGGUGUGGCCGUGUGCCAAGAAAACUUGGUUUUCCAAACCCGCGGGGCGGGCUGGAUGCGGCCAGCGGGUUUCGGUGGGCGGUCGCCCACCCGACGCUGCGUCCGUUCAGUGCAGGUCCCUGUGGAUGACGGCCCGGACCCUCCUGCAGUUCCUGCCGCUGAACCGGAGGCAGCUCUCGCCCCCCAAUGCCACGUCCUGUGACGGCGCUCAAGAGGCCUGGGCCGUGCUGCACGGGGUGUUACCGACCUUCAUCAUCGGCAUCUGCGUCGGCGGCCUGCUGGGAAACCUCUUCGUGCUGUCGGUCCUCCUCCUCCCCCGGCGGCGCCUGAGCGUGGCGGAAAUCUACCCGGCCAACCUGGCCGCCUCCGACCUGGUGUUCGUCUCGGGCCUGCCCUUCUGGGCGGAGAACAUCGCCAACCGGUUCCGCUGGGCCUUCGGAGGCCCCCUGUGCCGCCUGGGCAAUGGAGUCAUCAAGGCCAAUCUGUCCGUCAGCAUCUUCCUGGUGGUGGCCAUCAGCCGGGACCGCCACCGCGCGCUGGUGCACCCGGUGGCCGGCCAGCGACGGCGGCGGCGGCGGGCCCAGGCCACCUGCCUGCUCAUCUGGACGCUGGGCAGCGCCCUGAGCGUCCCCACGUUCCUGUUCCGCUCCACCGUGGCCUUGCCGCCGCGCCACAACAACUCCUGCGCCUGCGUGCUGCUGCAGCCCGGCGCCGCCUGGCCCUGGCUGAGGAUGGUGGAGUUGAACGUGCUGGGCUUCCUGCUGCCGCUGGCCGCCCUCGUCUUCUUCAACGGCCACAUCCUGGCCUCGCUGCGCGGGCGGCCGGGGGUCCGCAAGGCCGCGGCGCUCAUCCUCGCGCUGGUGGCCGCCUUCCUGGUGUGCUGGACCCCCUACCACUUCUUCGCCUUCCUGGAGUUCCUGUACGAGGUGCGGGCCCUGCGAGGCUGCUUCUGGGAGGAUUUCAUCGACCUGGGGCUGCAGUAUGCCAACUUCUUCGCUUUCAUCAACAGCUGCCUGAACCGGGUGAUUUACGUCUUCGUGGGCCGGCUAAGGACCAAGGCCUGGGAACUUUGUCAGCAAUGCACCGCCCGGAGUCCUCCUCCAGGGUCCUUGCCCCACAGGACAGACGUUCUCCAACAUUUCUGGCAGAGGAAACACAGCAGGGAGUCACGAAGCUUGGCUUCCUCAUCAGUGAUUCCAGACAUAAUAGAUGCUGUUGGAGUGGGCUCCAGAAUGAGCUCCCCACCCGCCCCCACCCCCCAGAUGGCCAGGACCUCGUCCCUGGAAACUGUUGGGUGUUUUUAUGGUACGAGAACUUUGCAGAUGUGAUUAAGCUAAGGGUCUCGAGAUGGGGAGAUGAUCCUGGAUUAUCUGAGUGGGUCCAGUGUCAUCACAAAGGUCCUGAUAAAAGAGAAGUGGCCAGAGAAGGCCAUGGGAGAGCAGAAGCAGGACUGAAUCUGGGAGCCCGGAGCCAGGGGCUGCUGGCGCCCCCUAGGGGCUGGAAAAGGGACAGAGACGGAUUCUCCGCUGAAGCCUCCAGAGGAAGCAGCCCUGCAGACAUUUGGACUUGAGCCCACUGAGACGGACUUCAGAGGUCUGGCCUCCAGAAAGAGUAGACAAUAAAGUCGUGUUGUUUUAAGUCACCGAGUUUGGGCUAAUUUGUUCCAGCAGCCACGGGAAACUUCCAGUAAGGGUCUCUGUGCACGUUGCCACGUGCCCAUCCAAAAGGUUCUAGGCUAACAGCUAGGCAUACAGAGAUGAUAGAGCUAAGGAUCCCAUCCACGAGGAACUUGCAUAAAUCAUUAGAAUAUAAAAAAAAAAAAAGAAAGAAAACAAGAAAUCGCAGAAGCACGCCCUGUAUCCAGCACCGUGAGUGUUCAGAGGGAAAAGGGCUGUCAGGAGAGGCAUGCUGAAGCGAGUCAACGGGGAGCUGAGUUUCAGGAAGGGCAGAAUCUGGAUGCGUGGAGGGAGGGGAGGGAGACCUGGCAGAGGCAUAACCAGGACAUGCAGGUGGAACACGGGCACUACGCAUGAAAGAGUAUUUAUGAAACUGUUAAUGCUUCGAUAUUCUUCUUGCCACAGGGGACCCAGUGGUGAACCUGGAAAAUCUGCCUUCAAGGAGCUCGGCGAGACUCAGAGAGCAGGGUAACUGGCCCCAUCACGUGAGAAGAGGUGUUCUGAGCACAGAGAAGGGCGCCCAGGAUGGGCGGCUGGGAGGGGAGGGGUCUGGAGGGUUUCCCAGAGGAAGAGACAGGACCUAUAAGCUGAAUCCAAAGAACAAGCAGUUGUCCGAACCAAAUAGGAAAAAGGUGCGUUCCAGAAAGAAGAAACACGCUCCACCCAGAGGCGGGUGGGUUUAUAGGCUGGGAGGGAGAAGGAUGAAGGAAGGUGAGGUACAAGGCAGUCACAGAGGGUUUGAGGCUUGAGGAGGACAAGACGAGCAAGGGCAGGGAGGGAAGCAGGGAGGGCCCGGCUGAAGCUAGAAGGCAUUAAUCUGUUGCGUGAAUUACUCUAGCCAUGCUCAUCGGGGCCCCAAACAAGCAGGCAGUGGGGUAUCUCCAGGGCUGAGGUUUUGCCAGAGGACGGCCAUCAUUUAAGGGUGUUGGGAGUACUGGUCCGACUAUGGAAACUGGCUGAAUUAGAGAAGGAAUAAACUUAGGAGGUGAGGGAGACAGAGUGACAGGGAUGCGGUUACAGAGCAGGGGCAGUGGGAGCACCUAGGUGCCAGAGCACAAGAAUAGGAGGUUGAGGCCACGGAGUAAGAGUGUUUGUACAGAACAUUCCAUCCCCUGUGUGGCCGUGGCAUCGGGCAGCUGGAAUCGAGGGAAGGAGAAGGUCAUUGGUGACCAGGCAGUCAAGGAAUGGAGAGGCGGGGGAUGGACAGCCCAUAGGGUCCCUGCAGGCAGGCAGGCAGGUGCAUUGGAGAAAGGGCAAGGAAGCCGGUGUUCCUGGAGCCUACCGAUGGGAUCUAAGAGGCCGGCGGGGGCUGGGCCGCCAGACCCUCGCAGAAGGGCCAUGGCCACCCUGCGGUCAGUGCCCCAGCCCCCGGAGAGCAGGGAUUUAAGUCAACAAGCUAGGCUCCAGCUGGCCCAUGUGUUUAAUUUAGAUCGCACAGUGUUUAAAAAACUAUUUUUGAUGGGCGCCUGGGUGACUCAGAUGGUUAAGUGUCUGCCUUUGGCUCAGGUCAUGAUCUCAGGGUCCUGGGAUCGAGCCCCGCAUCAGGUUCCCUGCUCAGUGCAGAGCCUGCUUCUCCCUCUCCCUCUGUCACUCCCUCUGCUUGUGCUCUUCUAUCUCUCUGUCAAAUAAAUAAAUAAAAUCUUUAAAAAAAAAAAAA